AGGAUCAAAAUCAGGACCAUAGUCAUGUUAAUAUUCACAUUGCCCCAACGAUCUGCAUGCACUGUGUGUAGGGGAGGGGGCAAAGUCCACGUGACCGAGUCGAGGGAGGGGGGCUUGGCGGGGUCCCUCCCACAGGAAGUCUCUCUCUCCCCCUCUGUGGGAAGGGGGGCAGGACCUGGCUGGGGGAAGAUCCUGGGAGAGUCUCCCCCCCCCACCCCCGGAGUUGCCAUUUUGGGUUGGCUGUACCCCCGGAUUAUCCAGAAUGUUUGCAUUGACAGAAAAGAACAAAUCCAUUGCUCAGCUGUUAUUGAAUACUGGCACUUGCCCGCGAUGUGUUUUCAGAUUCUGCUGUGUGGGGUUACAGGCAUCUUACAGGCAUCCAUACAAGGAUUUGCUUAGAGAGCUGCAUGAGUUCCUGGAGUACAACAAAGAAAAAGAGGACACAUUUUGUGGUGAAAUAAUUGACCCUCCAUGUAAGAGAAGCAGACUUGAGAACAUGGGAGAAGGAGCUGAAGAUUUGAAUCAAAAUGGGGCCCUGCAGGAGACCUCUGUGGCAGAUGAUGUAGAUGUUACUAUGGGGAACCCUGCUCCCAAGGUUUGCAAUGUCUGCUUGGGAAUCCUUCAAAAAUUCUGUGAGAUGGAUUUUGUUAAGAAGGUGUGCCAGAAGGUUAAUUCUUCUGACUACCAGUUUACUAGCUUUGUAUUUUCUGUAUCGCUCCCACCACAGUUGUCAGUCAGAGAGCAUGCUGCCUGGCUGCUGGUAAAAGAGGAAAUGGGAAAACAGGGCCUGUCUCUGGCAAAAGAGGAUAUUGUUCAGCUGAAAGAUGCAUACAAGUGGAUUAUUCAUCCUUUGUUCUCGGAGGAGUUGGGUGUUCCUGUUGAUGGCAAGAGCUUGUUCGAAGUGAGUGUGGUCUUUGCUCACCCGGAAACUGAUGAGGAUUGCCAUUUCCUAGCCACAGUAUGUCCAGACUGUUUCAAGCCAGCAAAAAAUAAACAGUCUGUUUUCACAAGAAUGGCAAUUAUAAAGGCUUUGGACAAGAUAAAAGAAGAGGAUUUCCGUAAGCAUUUUCCAUGUCCCCCAAGGUCACCAACGCGUAUCUGUGCUGCUCUGGAAAUUGAGUGCACAAAUGGUGCAAUUUUUGUGGCUGGAAGGUACAACAAAUAUUCAAGGAAUUUACCACAAACUCCCUGGAUAAUAGAUGGAGAACGAAAGCUGGAGUCUUCAGUGGAAGAGCUGAUUUCAGAGCAUCUAAUGACAGCAUUUAAAGCAGAUAGUUUUAAUUUUUCAUCCUCGGGAAGAGAAGAUGUGGAUGUGAGAACACUAGGCAAUGGAAGGCCCUUUGCAAUUGAGCUUGUGAAUCCUCAUAGAAUACAUUUUACUGCCAAGGAAAUGAAGGAACUUCAGCAGAAAAUUAAUAACUCUUCAGACAAAAUAAAAGUUCGAGAUUUACAGCUUGUCACCAGAGAGGCAAUUGGACACAUGAAAGAGGGGGAGGAGGAAAAGACAAAGACCUACAAUGCUUUAAUAUGGACAGACAAAGCAAUACAGAAGGAAGAGAUUGCAAUUCUAGAUGAUAUGAAGGAAUUAAAGAUUGAUCAAAAAACCCCUCUGCGGGUUCUUCACAGAAGGCCCUUAGCUGUAAGAUCUCGUGUCAUUCACACCAUGAAAUCUGAAUACAUAGAUGACCAUCACUUCCGUCUGCGUCUGAAAACUCAGGCAGGAACUUACAUUAAAGAGUUUGUACAUGGAGACUUUGGAAGAACAAAACCCAAUAUUGGCUUCCUACUUAAGAGAACUGCUGACAUUCUGGAGCUGGAUGUGGAGUCUGUGGAUGUUGAUUGGCCUCCAAGCCUGAAUGAUUAGAGUCCUUCAAGUUGGGAAGAACAAGAGUGACUCGACUGUUAUCAGAAGCUGACAAUGGAUUGAACUGUGUACUGUAUGAUAACUUGUUUAUCCCCUGCAAAAUAUUUUCAUUGAUAUUUGGAUCAUGUUGAUCUGUCAGGGUUUUUUUUAAUUGGCUGAAAAACUCAGGAUCAGUUGAUGCUUGAUCAAUUAAUUUACAGCCUUAUUGUAAAUAAAUUACAGCCCUGUGCAAAGGGGUCUUUGACAGGCCGAUAUAUUAAGAGCAGUAAAUGUUUUCUUUUUAAAACAAUUAUUUAGCAAGAUGUCCAAAUCCUGAUCUUUGCAAGAUAUACAAAAUAUGCUUUCCUGAAUACUGUUUGAAACCCUUUGAAUGAAAAGAGAAGUUCCCCUCCAUCAAACCACACAUACCAUAUGUCAUCUAAUUUUGUUCCCAACCAAAAAAAAGUCAAAGCAUGUUUGUAUCCGAUACCAUAAGCAUAAUUUUCUUAUCUAGAUAUUUGUAAAACUUCCCAGAUCAGCUGUCUAAGAGCCUGAUUGUAAGUAUGCCAAAGACUAUUCAUGUAAAUAAUUGUCAGGAUUAGAUCCUAAGCAAUCAGUUGUAGAUUGCUAAUAUUGAAUUCUGAAAUCAAUGGGGUGCUCCAAAUGUGAAAUACUGUUCAGCAUGAGUAGGAACAGCUGAAUCUGGCCUCCAAUAUUGUUCCAAUAUAUGUACUAGUGCUGGUUGGAGUUUUGACUAUUUGGGGGGUGGGGAAAACUGAAAACUUUAAACACAAAAAAUGCAGGUGAGAAAUGUAGGUGAUGCCUUAUGGGAUUUGUAGCUCAGGUACGUCAUAUUCCUAUUCUCUUCAGAGUCAGUGUCCAGUGUACAUCACCCAUGUCUGUCUUCUUCCUGAGCUCCCACGUGCAGCAUGAGAGACACAGUCUGGCUGGGGAACCCACUACAUGCAGGAGAGUGGGGGCAUAAGGCACCCAGUUCUUUAAUGUACCAUAGUGGCAUUACCGAGUAGAAAUAUUUGAAGGUUUUCUUGACAAAAGUUGGAAAUUUCUACUAAAAGCAGGCAAUUUUUUUUUUGUUGGAAAAGCGAAUCUAUUUGAAAACUCAACUUCCCAUCACAAAAACAGUUUUAAUUGAAUUGGUUUAAUUUCAUUUCAUUGUGCUUCUUAUUUAGUAUAAUACAGGCAGGUCCAAGUUCCAUUAGGAAAGAAUUGUAAAAGUGGAAACAUGUUUAUGUUGCAUUUUGCAUGGUUUACACCAUGUCCUACUUCCUAUGCAAAAAGAGCAAGACAAAUAGAAAGUUCUAAGUCAUGACAGAAUUGUAACAUCAAGUAUAUAAAAGGUGUAAUCUAAAGAAAGACAAGUAAUUCACUAGCCAUGUGGCUCUAGGCCAGCAGUAGGUAUUGGAAUGGUAAGUCUGUAGUAUAGCUAAUUUUCUGUCAGUUUUUGUCAGCAAAAACAUUUGAGGCCUGUCUGCGCUUCCAGUGAUGAAUCACAAUGCCCAACUUUGCCACUGUAGCUGCAGCUAAAAUAUAUAGAAGAAUAUGGAAACCUGUGUAUAAAUUAAGUAGUCCAUACUUUAAUAUGUAAGUGUAAAAUGGCCUCAUGUUGUUCUCAUUUAAUCAGAAAUGAUCAGGACUCUCUUAAAAUAUGUCUAGCUAUAUUUGAUAAAAAUCUAGACUUCCAUGUGAGUGCCUCCAUAGAACUGUUUCUGCUCCUAUGAAGCCUAGAGAAAUGAAUGAUACAGAUGCAGGAAGAAAUUGAAGGAAUUUGGAAUUAGUGAAGAGGCUGUUUCUGCGGGUACGUCUACACUGCAGAGAAGAUCGAAGCUGCCACUGUUGAUCUUCCAGGGUUCAAAUUAGUAAGUCUAGUUAAGACAGCUAAUUCGAACUGAGAAGGGCACUCCAGUCGAUGUCAGUAGUCCUGCUUUCCUGCAGAGUAAGGGAAGUUGAAGGGAAAGUGUUCUUCCUUUGACUUCCUGCAGCAUGGACAGCAUCAAAAGUCGAGUUAAGGCACUUUAACUUCAGUUACACAAUUAAUGUAGCUGAAAUUGCGUAACUUAAUUUGACUUUGUCACAUAGCAUAGACAUUGCCUGGUAUAUUUCUGACUCACUCAGGGUUUCUCCAGUCAGUACUAUUAUUUAUGUGGUGGUGACGAGGCAGGAGGGGUGGACUGCAUAGAUUUCAGCAUGACAAGCUGCGUUUUGUCAGCUUCCACUGUAGAGCCAGGUCUCAGUGGCUGUAGCUCUGCUAACGUCAAGUGAGCUCUGAGGUGCUUGUAUGGAAUAUUCAUAGUAAGAUGCCCAUCUAUGCAACCAUCAUAUGAUGUUCAGUGGCUAUGUAGUGAAAGCAAUCACAGAAAACACAAAAUGCUAAAAAGCUAAUGUAAUUUGUUUUGCGCUGUUAAAAUCCAUAAGUUUAACAAGAAAAUAAACCCUUCUCUCUUUCA